UUUUCGUCACAAGGUCGCCAAGCAUGACCUUCAGACUCCCGCGUGUCUUAAUAUUUGCCUCUGAGUAAUAGUGUUCGAUAUUAUGGACCGUCUUCUCCGACUUGGUGCUGAUGGUUUGGCUGCUUUAGGGCAGUCAAACGCUCAGCCGACGGAUGGCCCUGUUCCAGACACCGCUGAGCAAGUGUAUAUAAGCAGUCUUGCACUGCUAAAGAUGCUCAAACACGGUAGGGCAGGAGUCCCAAUGGAGGUUAUGGGCCUGAUGUUGGGUGAAUUCGUUGAUGACUAUACUGUCACUGUCGUGGACGUUUUCGCAAUGCCUCAGUCGGGGACAGGUGUUAGCGUAGAGGCUGUGGACCCCGUUUUUCAGGCUAAAAUGUUGGAUAUGCUCAGACAAACUGGCCGUCCUGAAAUGGUUGUUGGCUGGUACCACUCACAUCCAGGGUUCGGGUGUUGGUUGUCUGGAGUUGACAUGAAUACGCAACAAAGUUUUGAAGCUCUUUCUGAUCGCGCAGUUGCUGUUGUUGUGGAUCCCAUACAGAGCGUGAAGGGAAAAGUUGUUAUUGAUGCGUUCCGUUUAAUCAACCCGAACCUUGUCAUUACUAAUCAGGAGCCUAGACAAACCACCUCAAAUGUUGGUCAUCUUAGUAAACCCACAAUUCAAGCUCUUAUUCAUGGUCUGAAUAGACAUUAUUACUCUCUACCUAUCAAUUACCGUAAAAAUAAGUGGGAGAUCAAGAUGCUGAUGAAUUUGAAUAAACGUACAUGGAGAGAUGGUCUUACCUUGGAGGAUUACAACACUCACUGCACUGCCAAUCACAAAACGCUACAGACUAUGUUGGACCUUGUCAAGUCAUACAAUAAGUCACUUGAAGAUGAGGAGAAGAUGACUCCUGAACAGUUAGCUAUUAAAAAUGUUGGGAAAAUGGAUCCGAAACGACAUUUGGGAGAACAUGUGGAUGAACUAAUGACCUCCAACAUUACUCAGUGUUUGGGUGCUAUGUUACAUUCUGUUGUUUUUACAUAA